UCUCUCUCUCUCUCUCUCUCUCUCUCUCUCUCUCCCCCAUCUUUCUCUCUCUAGAAAGUGCUCAAAGCAAAGCAAUAGGAUAAAGAAAGGAACAAGAAUACAAAUGACAAGUUAAAAACAGAGAAGCACUCACUCUGUUCUGAUUCUCUCGUUCCACCCUUCCCUCCUUAAAUCUUGUACCUAAAGCUCUUGCUUUCAAACGUUGUCACGCUUUCAUAUUCUCUGCCUGCUUCUCCUUGUGGGCAUUUGAUUUUUGUCCAUUUGGUCACUGUUUUGUUCUUAUGGGAAUUUAGUGGAACAUUUGGUUUUGGAAAGUUGGAAGAGAAUUUGGGGGGGAAGAAGAAGAAGAAUAAGAAGAUGACUUGGAAAAGCAGAGGAGACUCUUCUUCUUCCAGAAGUGUAAUUUCACAGAAAUGGACCCUCUUGCUUUGUUUAAGCUGCUUCUGUGCUGGAAUGCUCUUCACCAAUAGGAUGUGGAGGGUUCCUGAAAGCAAAGGUCUAACUCGGAGAACAGCUUUGGAAGAGGAGAGAUUAAAAUUAGUAUCAGAGGGUUGCAAUCCCAAAGCUUUGCAUCAGAAGGAAGUAAAGCGAGAAACUAAGGACAUUUUUGGAGAAGUUUUUAAGACUCAUAAUGCUAUACAGACACUAGAUAAGACUAUUUCAAAUUUAGAGAUGGAAUUAGCUGCUGCCAGGGCAACGCAAGAGUCUAUACGUAGUGGCUCUCCUUCACCAGAUGACUCGAAGACUGACUCAUCUGGGAAGAGAAGGUAUUUAAUGGUUGUUGGAAUCAAUACUGCUUUUAGCAGCCGGAAAAGAAGAGAUUCAGUUCGUGCUACUUGGAUGCCUCAAGGCGAGAAAAGAAAGAGGCUGGAGGAAGAGAAGGGUAUCAUAAUUCGUUUUGUCAUUGGUCAUAGUGCCACAUCAGGAGGCAUUCUAGACAGAGCAGUUGACGCUGAGGACAGAAAGCACGGAGAUCUCCUGAGGCUGGACCACGUUGAAGGAUAUCUGGAGUUGUCUGCCAAGACAAAAAUAUAUUUUGCUACUGCUGUUGCUAUGUGGGAUGCUGAUUUUUAUGUCAAAGUCGACGAUGAUGUCCACGUAAAUAUUGCAACACUAGGAGAAACACUAGUUAGACACCGAAAGAAAUCGCGUCUUUACAUUGGAUGCAUGAAAUCGGGUCCUGUUCUGGCACAGAAGGGAGUGAGAUACCAUGAACCUGAGUAUUGGAAAUUUGGUGAACCUGGGAACAAGUAUUUCCGUCAUGCUACAGGACAGUUAUAUGCUAUUUCAAAAGAUUUGGCUACUUAUAUUUCAAUAAACCAGCAUGUCCUCCACAAGUUUGCAAAUGAGGAUGUUUCUUUGGGAGCCUGGUUUAUUGGACUUGAUGUGGAGCAUAUCGAUGAUCGGAGACUGUGUUGUGGCACCCCACCUGAUUGUGAGUGGAAGGCCCAGGCAGGCAACGUAUGUGUUGCUUCAUUUGAUUGGAGUUGCAGUGGAAUUUGUAGAUCAGCUGAGAGGAUUAAGGAAGUCCAUCGACGCUGUGGAGAAGGCGAAAACGCUUUAUGGAGUGCUUCUUUCUAAGAAGAUCUUGAAGCUCUUCCAAUCUCAGGAAGAUUUUUGGGCUUCAGUAUAAAGGCAGGUGUGCUAGUCUUUUUUUUUUUUUUUUUGCCCCCCUUUCUGUGCCUAGUAUAGAAAAUUAUAAUUCACAAUUGAGAAAUUAGCGAAAGAGAGAACUUUGCAAAAAUAGGACCACUUCCAUUUUAUUAGGGAUUCUGGUCACUGAUGCAGCAAAAAUAGGACCCCAUAUAUACAAAUUCUUUGAGGCUUGAAGAGCCAAGUUGUAAGUUACAGUUCUAUGGAUUCAAGUACUCAAUAAAUGCAUAUCUGUGUGGGUACUGUUUA